GUGUGCAAUUUUGGGCGUGUACAAGGCUGUCAUCUCACUAUAAAACAAUCUGUAAUACCAAUUUCAGUAUCAUUCCUACAAGUCUCAACACCAGCAACAUGAACACAUACAGUUUCGUAGUCGCUUUUGCGGUAGUUGCCGUAGCUUCCGCAGGAAACGUCGUCCUUCCAGCAAGCACAGUUCUUUCUCGCACCAUCGCGGGCCCCGCGGUGACGGCUCACUACGCCGCCCCCAUCGGUACUCACUACGCCGCACAUUACGCCGCCCCCAUCGCUGCCCACUACCCCGCUCCCAUCGCUGCCCACUACGCCGCUCCCAUCUCUACAGGAGUACUUAUUCCUGCUGGCUCGGGACUCGAGGGACAGUACAUCCAUGACAACACCGAGAAACUCUACGAUGACGGUUCCUACAAGCCCGAAGUUAGGGCAACUCCACUUGUGGCCUCUCCUUUAGGAGCGGUACCAGCUGGCUCUGGACACGAAGGACACUACGUUCAUGACAAUACUGAGAAAUUGUUCGAUGAUGGGUCUUACAAGCCUCAGAUUCACCCUUUGCCAUUGAGUGCCAGCCCCUACGGUCUUGUACCAUCUGGUUCUGGACUCGAAGGACAGUACGUUCAUGAUUUGACUGAAAAAUUGUUUGAUGACGGUUCUUACAAACCAGGAUUGUAUGCUUAAUUUUUAUAUGACUGACUGUUGAAUAAAGUGUUAAGAUAA